GAACCCCCCCCCCCCCCCAAAACCAACCCAACCCCCCCCACCAGAGAUAACAAAGCAGAACCAUUACUUUAAUAUCCUGCAUUCCGGAAAGGAAAAGGAGAACGAAGAACAAAAUCGAGGAUGAGGGCGCAGAUCCAAAAGGUCCCUCAGAUACUCGAGGUGCUGAGGAGGAAGAAGUCCGUGGCCCUGCAGCAGCUCCAGCCCACGUCCUCCGCGUGCGUCCUGGAGGAGAAGGACGUGGCGCCGUGCGCCCGCGCCGCGCCCAGGGCGCACAGCCUGGCCUCCAUGCCGGGACCCACCAACCUGCCGCUGGUCGGCAGCCUGGUGGAGCUGCUGUGGCGAGGAGGUCUCCGGCGACAGCACGACUCACUGGUUCAUUAUCAUAAGAAAUUCGGGAAGAUUUUCCGCAUGAAGCUGGGCUCGUUUGAGUCGGUGCAGAUCGGCGCACCUUGCCUGCUGGAGGCGCUCUACAGGAAGGAGGCAAACCACCCGCAGCGCCUGGAGAUCAAACCCUGGACGGCGUACAGAGACCUGCGGGACGAGGCGUACGGGCUGCUCAUCCUGGAGGGGAAAGACUGGCAGCGGGUGAGGAGCGCCUUCCAGCAGAAACUCAUGAAGCCCACGGAGGUGGUGAAGCUCGACGGCAAAAUCAAUGCGGUGCUGGCGGAUUUCGUUGGCAGAGUUGGACAAAUAAACAUCUGCGGGAGGAUCGACGAUCUGUACUACGAGCUGAACAAAUGGUCGUUUGAGACCAUUUGCCUCGUCCUCUACGACAAGAGAUUUGGUCUGCUGCAGGAGGAGGUCAACGAGGAGGCCAUGAACUUCAUCACAGCUGUGAAAACGAUGAUGAGCAAAUUUGGCAAGAUGAUGGUCACACCGGUGGAGGUCCACAAGUACCUCAACACCAGGACAUGGCAGGCACACACUGCAGCAUGGGACCGCAUUUUCAGCACAGCCAAAGUCUACAUUGACAGGAAGCUGAAGAGGAACGCCGACAGAUCUCCGGACGAUUUGAUCGGUGACAUCUUGCACCAAUGCAGCCUUUCGAAGAAGGAGCUGUACGCAGCCAUCACGGAGCUGCAGAUCGGAGGAGUCGAGACGACUGCCAACAGUAUGCUGUGGGCUAUUUUCAACCUGUCACGUAACCCUGUAGCCCAGAAGAGGCUGCUGGAGGAGAUUAAACGGGAGGUGCCCCAAGGCCAGGACCCGUGUGGAGAGCACCUCAAGAGCAUGCCCUACCUCAAAGCAUGCCUCAAGGAGUCUAUGAGGUUAUCGCCAUCAGUUCCAUUCACCAGCCGGACCCUGGACAAAGACACUGUGUUGGGAGAUUAUGCCAUUCCCAAAGGGACUGUUUUAAUGCUAAACACCCAUGCACUGAGCUCCAAUGAGGAAUACUUUGAUGACGGCAAGCAGUUCAAACCUGAGCGAUGGCUGCGAGAGAACAGCACCAUCAACCCCUUUGCCCACACGCCCUUUGGCAUUGGGAAGAGGAUGUGCAUCGGCCGGCGGCUGGCUGAGCUGCAGCUGCAGCUGGCCUUGUGCUGGCUGAUCAGAGACUACGAGAUCGUGGCAACAGAUAAUGAGCCGCUCAAUGUGAUCCACUCAGGACUGCUGGUCCCCAAAAGAGAACUGCCCGUCGCCUUCCUGAGGAGAUGAGGCUCCACGUUCAACUCCUCUGGACAUAGUGACGGAAAGAUGAUACCUGUUUCCAUGGCCCUGAUGGUCCAGUGACUCCCUGUAUUGCUGCUCUGUAAAUAGAACAAAAACGACAACAACAUUAUACACGUAAUCAUGCCACAAUUACCUCAAACUUAUUUAAGACUAUUACUUAUGACUGUUAAUGGCUGACCAAAAUCCCCUUUGUAAUGAACAAAUUGAAUGUCUUACGAAGGCAGCUGUCCUGAAAUCUUAAUGUAAUGUCCUCAUCUCAGACACGUGUAUGUAGAUGUCAAACUACUUCUUCAUGCUAUGCUUUUCUUGUAACAGUGUAUAUAAUAAUAAUAAUAUUUUAAUAAUGUACAUUGUUUUAUGUAGAGAAAUAUUUUAUUCACUUCUAUGGAUACAAUAAUAAAUGUAUUAAAGACUCAAA